AAAAAUUUAAACUAAAAUUACAAUUAGAUAACGAAGACUGUAAAAUUCCCAAGGAAAGAGAAAGGCUGAAUACUCUUUCUUUGGGAAGACGACGUCGUUUGUUACGGGCUGGCUGCUUUUAUUGCCAGCACUUUAAGCUUAAGCGUAUUGGUGUGUCUUUUUUUUGGGAAGAACUGUUAAUGCUCACCUCUUUCACCAGGCUUUUGCCCUUUGCUCUCGUUAGAAAAUCCAUCAAACUUCCAUGUUGUGACGUGCUUUUUCAAUGCUGUAAGACCCAGUAUGCGUUUUCCACUACCCAUUACUCCAAACUCACUUGUGAUGAUUCAUGGCUUUUUCAAUCCCUUUCUCUAAGUAGACUUCAGGAGGCACGUAAACUGCUUGAGAAAUUGUAUGAGAGAGAUGGGCGUGGUGGUGUUGUUCAUUGGACUUCAUUGCUCACGAGAUACACCAAAAGUGGAUAUGUCAAUGAGGCUCGGAUGCUCUUUGAGAUCAUGCCUGAGAGGAACAUUGUUACUUAUAAUGCUAUGUUGUCUGGUUAUGUGCAAACUGGGAGGUUGUCUGAAGCUUGCCAAUUCUUUGAAGAGAUGCCAGAGAGGAAUGUUGUGUCGUGGACUUCAAUGCUUUGUGGAUUGGCAGGUGUUGGAAGGAUUCAUGAGGCUUGGAGCUUGUUUAAUGCAAUGCCAGAGAAGAAUAUUGUUUCUUGGAAUUCAAUGAUUGCUGGGUGGAUUAGGAACGGGGAUUUGGAGAGAGCAAGGCUGGUUUUUGACCAAAUGAAAGUGAAGAAUAUAGUUUCUUGGAAUGCUAUGAUUGCAGGGUACACAGAGAACUGUAGAAUGGAAGAAGCAAGAGUUUUAUUUGAUGAGAUGCAAGAUACGAAUGUGAUUACUUGGACUAGUAUGAUUUCUGGUUAUUGUAGGUCUGGCAAUGUGGAUGAGGGGUAUACUUUGUUUAGAAGAAUGCCUGAGCGAAAUCUUGUAUCUUGGACGGCCAUGAUUGGUGGGUUUGCUUGGAAUGGCUUCUAUGAAGAAGCACUGUUGCUGUUUCUUGAAUCAAAGGGGAGCUAUGGCAUAAAACCAAAUGGAGAGACCUUCAUAUCACUUGCUUAUGCUUGUGCUGGUAUAGGUAUGCCAUGUCUUGGAAAGCAGCUGCAUUCACAGUUGAUUGUUAAUGGUUGGGCCUAUGAUGAUUAUGAUGGCAGGUUAUCUAAGAGCCUCAUUCAUAUGUACUCUACAUGCGGUAACAUGGACCUUGCAAACUUCAUUUUUAGGAAGAACUUGAAUAAUGUUACUGUUCAGUCUCUUAAUUCUAUGAUCAAUGGUUACAUUCGGAUUGGACAAUUGGAAAGGGCUCAAAAUUUGUUUGACAAGGUACUGAUCCGAGAUAAGAUCUCUUGGACUUCUAUGAUUGGUGGGUAUUUUAGUGUCGGACAAGUUCCAAAGGCAUGUCAUAUGUUUUGGAACAUGCCAGAUAAAGAUGCAAUUGCAUGGACAGCAAUGAUUUCAGGGCAUGUCCAAAAUGAGCUUUUUGCAGAAGCUAUCAAUUUAUUUUCAGAAAUGUGGACUCGGCGUGUUUUACCCUUAAAUUCUACUUAUUCUACUCUUCUUGGAGCCACAGGUGCAAUGGCGUAUCUUGACACUGGAAGACAGUUCCAUUGCCUGCUGAUAAAAACACAUUAUGAAUUUGACUUGAUUCUUGAUAACUCGCUGCUUUCAAUGUAUGCCAAAUGUGGGGAGAUACAUGAUGCAUAUAGCAUAUUCUCAUAUAUGGCUUCUCGGGAUUUGAUUUCUUGGAAUUCCAUAAUCAUGGGGUUUUCGGUUCAUGGGCUUUCCAAUGAGGCUCUGGAGAUGUUUGAAGCCCUGGUGGAAUCUGGGAUCCUCCCGAAUUCUGUAACCUUCCUGUCCAUUCUAUCAGCAUGCAGUCAUGCAGGGUUCGUUGGUAAAGGGUGGGAAAUUUUUACUGCUAUGACCAAUGUUUAUGCCAUUGAACCAGGUAUGGAGCAUUACAUUUGUAUGAUUAACCUUUUAGGCCGAGCUGGGAAAGUAGAGGAAGCAGAAGAAUUUGUCUUGAAACUACCUUUUGAAUCAGGUCAUGCUAUCUGGGGGGCAUUGCUUGGUGUAUGUGGGAUUGGUGAGUCAAAUGCCAAGGUCGCUGAACAUGCGGCCAAACGGCUCCUUGCAUUGGAUCCUUUAAAUGCACCUGCCCACGUAGUACUCUGUAACUUAUACGCCGCAAAUGGACAGCAUGUUGAGGAGAAGAUGUUAAGGAGGGAGAUGGGAUUGAAAGGAGUGAGAAAGGUUCCUGGAUGCAGUUGGAUACUGCUUAAAGGGGAAGUUCGUGUUUUCCUCUCGGGAGAUAAACUAAAACCAGAGGCAUAUGAGAUUCUGCUGCUAUUAUUCAAUACAGUUGGUGAAUCAUGAAAGCAAAAUGAGAUAUUCGAAGUUAAAUGUUCCUAACUAGAAGUAUAAUAUAUGCAAAGAUGUAGUCUGUGUAGAAGAUAAUUUGAAUUUAAUUUUCAGGA